CUUCAGCAAGGGGCUGUGCCGUCAGCAUGAAGCUACUGAUUUUGGUGUGUGCGAGCUUGGUGGGUGGAACACCAGUGCUCCAGAAACGUUCGAUGCCAGCAUCAGUUUACGACUACUAUGAUUUUGUGGAAAUCCCCCGAAGUCAGACAGAAGCCUCGGAAAGAUCUGAUGGACCAGUUACAGGGCCUGUGGCUAGAAGCAGUGGUUCAUUCCCUCGUAGAAUAGCCAUGCCCCUACCACCCAGGCAUCCUCCUCCUCCCCCUCCAAGGUCAAGAAACCCAUUCCCAGGCCCAGGGGCCCGUCCGCAAAAAUUCAGGCCUGCGAGGGAGCCAGACUACAAGCUUUCAGAGCCUGACGUUUCGGCGCCCCAGUAUCGCCAGAGGCCAGCACCCCAGCAGCCUCAAAAGAGACCACCCCAGUACCCACCACGACCCCCGAAACAGGCAGUUCGCCAACCUCAGCCACAGUAUGUUGACUACGAUGAGUUUCCCACCGUCUUCGAAGACGACUCCUUCUAUCCACAAGACGCGUCCGUCUUCGUGGAACAGCCUCAGUACCCAAGAAAAACCCCAGUUUAUGAGGAGGCACAACCGGCCAUCAGAGACCUCGAGCCUCAACUCUAUGCGGACGAAGUAGGUUCAGAUUACAGAGACCAGAGACAGCCAUCGCAUCAAGAGGAACGUCGUCCACAAUACCAAGAAGAAAGAAGACCUGAAUACAAGGAAGAGAAAAGGCCACAGUAUCAGGAAGAAAGGCCACAGUACCAAGAGGAAAGACCUCCUCACCAAGUCAAAAAACCACAACUCCCAAAAGAAAACAAGCCACAUUACCAAGAAGAAUUUCUUCCAGAAUACCAAGACACACUAUCCCAGUAUGAAGGGGACCUACCGUCCUACUACGAGGAGGAAUUAGCAGGGCAGUAUAAGCAGCCCUCAGAGAAAGACCUGAAACGCCCACCUUUGAACAAUUACGCGACGACACAGGACAAGGCAGCAGAGCCUGUCAAAGAGAAGAGAGAUGUUCCUCACGGAGGUGGACACCUGGACGAGAAUGGUAUCAAGUUUGCAGCGGAUGCAGCUGCCGUUGAGAAUGCAAAAGGUGCAGGUCGACUGGCCUUCCAGAUUCACGGACAGCAAGGACCCCAUUCGUACCGCUUCGGCUACGACACAGGAAAAGGGCACAACCGGCAGUUCCGCUACGAGGAGAGAGACGGGAACGGCCUCGUGCACGGCCGCUACGGCUUCUACGACAAGGACGGUAAGUUGCAGGUCGUCAAUUACUCGGCUCAUCCCAAGCACGGCUUCUCCGCAGAUGUUCCUCACCCGUAGGGUCCGGGAGGAC